AUGCAGCCCAAAUCACAUCGGUAUGAGGCGACGUCAGCUCGCGACAUAGACACAGAUGAAAUCGAAUUGAAUUAUACCGGAGAAUCCUCUCGUAAACGCAGAUACGUCCGUCAUGGAAACCUUUCUACUCAAGGGUGGGGUUUGGAACUACUGUCGUCUUUCACGACACUCGUCCUGUUUGCUGGAAUGAUUGCGAUAUUCUGCAGCAUGCGCAACAAGGCUUAUUCCAAAUGGCCCCUCUUAAUCUCUAUAAAUACAACCAUCGCCAUUCUGUCCACUGCUUGUACGGCGGCCAUGAUGCACAAUGUCAGCGCUUUUAUCGGACAGCUUAAAUGGCUUCACUUCAGACGAUCUUCGCGGAGCGUGUAUAAUGUUGAGAGAUUUGAUGAGGCCAGUCGAGGUCCACUUGGAGCUAUCCUUCUCAUUUUCAGAGUUCCGUGGAAUCUUGCAACGUUGGGAGCUCUUAUAACGAUCCUCCGUCUGGGGUUCUCUCCACUCUCUCAAGCUGUGGUUAGCCUAGAACCAAGGAUGGUAGACGUCCCAAGCAAUGAUUCGACCUUUGGAUAUGCACAUGCCUAUGAUAGAAACAUGACGACGGGUGCUCAGUCCGAAAUACCGCCAGACACACAGGUGCAAUCUGCCAUUCUUCAAGGUCUUUAUGACAUAAGUUCCAUUCCAGUGUUCAACUGUGGUGGCGCCUGUCUCUGGAGAGACUCGUAUGUAUCCUUGGGCUUUAGGAGUACGUGUAAGAAUGUCACCAUGUCGGCGUUGGACACAAAGCACUGCAUAAAGCCAGAAGGGAGACCAGGGAUGAGGUUUGAUCGCAAUUGCAAUUUCACAACACCGGGAAACAUUACACUUACAACUCAGCAUGUGCUGACUGACUCACAAACCACCUUUCGAAUUAAUGCGACACGUACUCAUCUCGACCAUCCCAAUAAUAUCACGACGACGCUGGAUGACAUUGUGAGGAUUGCAGUUUGGAGAUCAGGCUAUGAUACCAGCUUCAACGCUACUGAUAUCAAUAUCACGGAAUGUACCGUGGGCUUCACUGCGUAUGAGUACCUGAGAGCCGAAGCGAACGGUAGCACCUUUUCUUUUGGAAAAGUUACUGAAAUGGAUAUUAAACGUGCUAAUUGGUCCUGGGAGGAUCCCAUGACUAAAUUACAUCUUGUGAGCAACAAGACUUCCAACCUACCGGCGUUCAAGAUAUCCAUCAUCGACCUCGAGGCCCUACAAGCCUUUUUCGAGUCCACCACCUUCCAGUCGGAAUUCGUGAGCGGAAAUGCAAAAAACAAUAAUCCUGGACUCAGUGCCGCCCUAAAUGGGGAUACUGAUCUCACGCGUGCUUUCGACAACAUGGCACGGGGCAUGACAGACUAUCUCCGCUCAGGGCCGAACGAGAAACUGGCCCAAGGAGUUCGAAGAGAAAGCCAAAUCUUUGUAUUUAUUCGGUGGUACUGGUUGAUUGGCCCUGCGGCUUUAGAGCUAGCUGCGCUGAUAUUUGCUGUCUGUACAAUAGUAGGCACUGCGACGAAGCACGAGGUGCCGCUGUGGAAGUCUUCGGCCCUUGUACUAUUAAGUUGUCGACAUGACAUGGACUCGGGUAUAAUCCAUGGAGAGUUUGAGGAUGUCAAAGAAUUGGAGAAAAUGGCAAAGAUGUCAAAGGCACGGCUGGAGUAG